UAUUUCAACUUAGUUCUUAUGUUGAUGUGACACAAUAACCAAUGUUUAAUCGCCUUUACAUUAUUCUCAAAUAAAUAUGUUUUGAUGCAUUUACAAUUUUCAUAUCGAAUUCGAUUAUGCUAAGAAAAAUCCUCUAGUUGUGAAGUGUACAGAUACAAACACUGGAUUCCAACAAAACUGCUGUUUUUUUUUUAAAUAAGUUGGUAUGAUAAUAUGCCAUAUCCACAGACUAACAAUUUCAAGGUGGUCUUUCCUUCCAGCCAGCGAUGGCGUUUUUCCGUUGUGACCACGACAGUGCCCACCGCCCAAUAUUUAACUGGUUACAUUGGGGCGUUGCCUUUGUGGUGCAAUUUAUUUCAGGUUUCAACAUUAGCUUUGGAUUUCACCUGAACAAAGUGAACAUGCCUGUUAAUGAUGCCCUGUUCGUCAUGUAUAUGUACACGGGAACCUUCGUUAGCAUGUAUAUCGUUUUCGAGAUCACCAAGUGUGUAAUGAAGCGAAACGCGGCACGAUUGAGCAAUGAAACAGAUGAGUUUGCAGCUAAUAUUAGCUUAACCGAUGAGGAGGAAGCCGGUACUCCAAAUUUUACCUGUUUCAAGAUCAUCUUCGGAGUUCACAUUGUUGCAAUGCUCUCCUAUGGUACAACGUUGAUUGUGUAUCUGCUAGACGGGUAAAGUGAUAUUGCCGUCGAGAACCUAAGUAAGACUUUAAUUGUGUGUCUGCUGACCGAGUAAAGUUAUACCAUUGUCUAAGACAUUUAUUUUGUAAGACUUUUCUAAAGUGACCACUCCGGCUCACAUGUAGAACAUUUUUACUGGGAGUUUGAUAACUGGGUAACUUGAUAUUUACAACGAGCUCUUGCGUAAAACUUUUGAUAAUUGUCUGCUGAACAGGUAAACAGAACUUACACUCAGGAAUAAAUGUCUGCUGUUUGAAACAAAAGCUCUCAAGAUCUCCUACUGGAUCACUGGAUCAACUGAUAUUGUUCUAGAUAUAGAACGAACUCUAAAUCAAUGUUUUAUAUAUAACUUUUCACUUGGUGGUGUGAUAAAAUCCUCCAAAUGCAUAGUGAUUUCAUUUCGAUUUUGAUUUAUCACAAUAGCGAAAUCAUUAAAAUGUCCGAUGUUUGGCUUCCGAUCAAGGUUUGUUUUGGACUAGCACAAUGCUUUAAAGUUAUGAAAUAAUAUAAAGUGUAUGGUCUUAUGUAUCUAUCAAAUAUUUCGUUUGUCUAUUUUCAUGUUCCUAACGACUUUGUUAUAAAGAAAUUGAUGCUUUUGUGAAACUAUGAACGUGUGAACUAUUCUACCUCGGUAAGCCGUGCCAAAAUUAAUACAUAAAGGUUUAUUGCAAAAAUAAAUCGUAAAUAAUAAAAGAUGAGUCCGUGUACUUAUCUGUGACAAGAUACUAUAACUUCCCGAUUCAGGUCUGACGUUGAUUUUUGGUUUUGUGUGAUAGGCUAGUAAUUCAUCAUUAUCAUUAUACUGAGAUAAAUCAUAAUACCAUCACUGUAAUGGGGCAAACUGUAAUAGAUUACUAGGAUUUCUCAAAACCGGCCAUGCGUAGGAAUUAAACAUAUGAAUGGUUUUAGAAGGUUUCGGUUUGGAGAAGUGAAUGUAGUUGACCAAGACCCCUGUAUGAAGCCAGGGUAAAAUUAAUGUUUUAUUCAAGUCCUUUUUCGAUGUAAGACUACAACGACUUUGUAUGUUCAUGAAACAAGUUUCUUUUGUCAAAAAUAGUCAGAAUUCUUAACUUAAAAUGGAAGUUCGGAUUAUAAAUAUCAGAGAACAGUAUACAGUUAUACUCGACAAAUAAUGGGAAUACGAAAAAAAGUUUGUGUGCGACUUGUAACUAAUAUCAUGAUAAGUUGUCAUAAAAGUCAAAGCAGAAUGGCCAGUGGUCUGGUGUUUUGAGUUUUUAUAUUAUCAAAAGGGAUUUUAUUGUUAGAUAAAUAGAAAAUUUCAUUAAAAAGACUAUUUAACCUAUGAAACAUUUGGAAUCGACGUUGUAAGAUUUUGAUAUAUUUUCUUUGCUUCUUACAAAAUAUGAUUUGUUUGAUUUUUACAUUUUAAUUUCUUUGAACUUUUGUUUUUUUGUGAGUAUGUGAGUAUAACUGUGACAGAAGUGUAAAAUUCUAAUUAUAUAAAACUUGCAUACAAGCAUACAUAUUGAAUAUGAGGUGAGAGCAAAUAUACAUAUCCCUUGAACGGGGAAAAAAUACAAUAAAAAGUAUUCAAAUUCC